AUGCCGCUCCCGCGCCUGCAGCACACCUUCAAGGACGACGGGGCCUUCUACUUCAGCACCGAACUCGUGCCGGGGGUCAGCAUGUCCCAGCUCACUGAGGAGCAGAAGCAGGUGGUCACCGAGGAGCUGCUCGAGGUCCACAGCCGGUUCUGGAAGCAUCACACUUGCUGGCAGCCGAAGUCCGAUAUUGAAAAAGGGAGCUACGUCUUCUGUCACAAUGAUCUGGGGCAGCAUAACGUCAUCGUCGACCCCGAAACUCUCAAAAUCAACGCCAUCAUCGACUGGGAGUAUGGCGGCUUCUGGCCCGAGUGGUUCGAGCAGCCGUAUUGGAAGCGAAAAGGACCCAGCGCUCCCCUUAGGGGCGAGGAGGAUGACAGGGAGCGGUGUCGCGAGUGGCUCAUUACACUCAACGGGAAGGUCCCACCUUCCACCGAUCCCGCCGGCUCGGGAGUUGUGGUCGAGGGCGCAGAGACUCUUAACCCCAACAAUGCCGGGGACGGUUCACUGAUACCAGGGUCGUUUGUCAGACUGGUCAUUACCUUUGCCGUCCCAUUCAUUCUCGCCUACGUUGCGCACACGCACAAGAGAGAGCAGCAGCAGCUGCAGCAAAUCCGUGACGAGGUCCGACAUUUUAUCAGAACGUUCGAAUCUGUCUCGCCCAUCAAUGAGCGCAUCCGGGAGGGGGUCGACGAAGUCCAGCGACGCUAUGUACGAGGCCAUGCGCCGGUAUAUCGCGCUGAUGACCCAGAUGUCACCCCGGACAAGCUCAAAGAGGUUGCGCAAGAGGCGACGCAGACUUACCUCGAAGGCCGAUAUCGAAGCGUGAUCCGGACCAGGGUCUACGCCCACCUCGGGCAGAAGGAUUACAAAGAGGUCGUGGACUUGAUUCGGCAACAGAUCAUCAGCGCCGCCGGGAUCAACGAGGAGGCUACGAAGAUCAUCGACGAAGACGACGCCAAAGGAUCUGCGCGAGCAAGUGAAGACUGCGGAGAUGGCGAGAAUUAA